AUGAGCGGAGGAAACGACAAGUCGCUGUUGUUCCUCGGACUUCCUGAUCUGAAGAAGCUGGUGUGCGUGACCCUCCGGCUGCAGGACGACCAGGAGCCCAGGAGCCAGCAGUUGAAGACCUGCAGGGAGCUGGUUCUGCUGUACUCGGACAUCCUGGCCUGUCCCGCUCUGGACUCCGUCACUGACGUCACUACAGUCACGUCUGUCAUGAACGGUGAGCAGAUCAAUCUGACCUCCUCCAUCUCCAUCAGGCCUGUCCUCACCCAGCCCCCUCCUCCUCUUCUUCCUCUGUCCCAACCUGUGAGCUGCUCCUCGGGGUUCCAGAGGUCCACCUGGACCCCACUGUCCCAGCAGGAAGGAGCUCGGGGCUUCAAUGAGAAUACAUUUGUGAAACCAAGCCAGACAGGCUGGGCCUUACCAUCCUCCUCCUCCUCGUCUCCUUUUUACCCCGUCUUCCAGCCAGCUUCCUCCCUUUCGGUCCUCCCGCCUUCACUUCCCCCCAGCCUGGACCCAGUGAAGCCCCCUCCUAUGGUUCCCAUCUUCGGGAACAAGCAACCAUCUCGUCACAUCAACAUCGCUCUGCUGCGAGUCCAGAAACAGGAGCAGCAGAACCGGAGGGUGACGUUACCUUCCUUUGGGAGAAAAACUCCCAUCACUCCCUCCUCAUCAUCAUCCCUUCCUCCUCUUCCUCCGCCCAUCAUCCCUAACUUCAGCCGUCUUCCCAAACCCCUCAGAAGAAGCAGCACACUUCCCCAGCCCUCGUAUCAGCCCAGAAUCAACCUCCUCUCCAGUCUGAGUCCAGUGUCCAAAGUUAGACCUGGGAUCAUCGUCCCUCCAAAAUCAGAGAUCAGAUCUAAAAAACCCAGGUCCAUUAUGAGAACUGUCAAGAGGACAGACCCUGAAGGCACCGCAACCGAACAAACACCUCUGAUGGCCGCUGACGUCUCCAACAAGACCACCAGCACCAAAAAGAAUGUUCUUUUUGAGAAAGACAAGAGUCCCAGAAAGUCCAAGAAGUCCAGGGCUGCGGUACAAGAUGUGGAGAAAAUGGCCAGAACCAACCAGCUGUCGAAGCUGAGCUCCGCCACUCUGCUGCUGUGGCUCCACCAGAGAGGAGUUCCUGUCGGGGCCAAACUCCGGAAGGAGGAGCUUCUGAUGAAGGCCGUGGACACCCUCUCCUGCUGA